UACUUUUUUUUAUUCUAUUCAUUAUGUAUUCAGGCCGCCAUUGCACUUUGUUAACAGAGUUGAAAUGACCAAAUAAAAUCUUUUGGACGAAAAUUAAGGUGGCAGAAACUCUGCAUAUAUUAAUCAUUGUGCAGAAUUCCCAUACAGUAACGUAGACUCUAAUUAUUUCUUUUUAUUAUUUAUUUCUAUUUUGACACACUUUUUGUGUGUGUGACAAAAUAGUCCGAAUAUCAUUCAAGAUGGACGAACAACAAAGGCUUUCACAUCCCCCAGGCCAAGUCAACAUGUCCAAUGUGAUGGCUCCGCAAGGAUACGAUGGUGGAUAUGGCCAAAGUGAUCAUGGUGAGCAACGAAAGCAAGAAAUAGGAGAUGUGCUGCAACAGAUUAUGACAAUAACAGAUCAAAGUUUAGAUGAAGCUCAAGCACGCAAACACACUCUAAAUUGUCACAGAAUGAAACCUGCUUUGUUUAAUGUUUUGUGUGAAAUAAAAGAAAAAACAGUAUUAAGCAUUCGUAACACACAAGAAGAAGAACCUCCAGAUCCACAACUUAUGAGACUAGAUAAUAUGCUUAUAGCUGAAGGAGUAGCAGGACCUGAAAAGGGUGGUGGCUCCACAGCUGCAGCCAGUGCCACAGCAGCAGCAUCUGGGGGACAACCAGACAGUGCCAUAGAACAUUCAGAUUAUCGUGCUAAACUGGCCCAAAUAAGACAGAUUUACCACACAGAACUGGAGAAAUAUGAACAAGCAUGUAAUGAAUUUACGACUCAUGUUGUCAAUUUGCUGCGUGAACAAAGUCGAACCAGACCCAUUCAGCCAAAAGAGAUUGAAAGAAUGGUAGGAAUCAUCAGGAAAAAAUUUUCAGCAAUUGAAAUGCAAUUGAAACAAAGUACUUGUGAAGCAGUUAUGAUUUUAAGGUCUCGUUUCUUAGAUGCAAGACGAAAAAGGAGGAAUUUCACCAAGAAUGCUACAGAGAUACUCACAGAGUAUUUUUAUUCCCAUCUGAGUAACCCCUAUCCUAGUGAAGAGGUGAAGGAGGAGCUGGCCAGAAAAUGUGGGAUAUCUGUCUCUCAGGUGUCGAACUGGUUUGGAAACAAACGUAUUCGCUACAAGAAAAACAUUGGUAAAGCACAAGAAGAGGCCAAUCUAUAUGCAGCAAAAGCAGCCUCUGCAGCUUCUUCGCAAAUAGUAACAGACCCCUCUUCACCAACAGGUUCAAGUUACAGCCAUCCAUCUUCACAAUCUCAGAUGGCAAGCCAAGGAGGCAUGUACAUGAAUCUAAAUGGUGGAGACAAUUACCCAGGAGGAGAAAACUCAUGGGGACUAGAAGACUCAGAGUGAUAGCAUCAAAAGAGAGAGUGGAUGUAGACCAAAGCAUAAACCAAACAAAACAGGGCUCCAUGAUCAAUGAGCACAAGAUUGUAUUGGGGGACAUUUUUGUAUCAAUAUGUUUAUUUAAAUAUACCAAGAAUAUUCUUUACUUUAUAUCAUUUUUAUUUCAUUUGAUAUUCAUAGCAUUGAUCUAUGAAAUUUCAAAUGUUAGUUUUCAAAUGUUACAAACUCUGGUCAGUUUUUGUGGUUUUGUAAAUCAAUGUUUUAAUUUCAUGUCAGAAUUGUAAUAUAUUCAGUUUUGUGAAUGACUGGUCCUUGCUUUUCAUUUAUGUUGCUUUACUCUCUCAAUAUGUUAAUAGUUUUGGUUGAUUGGGUUAUGUAAAAUUAGGCUUGAUUUAUUCUCUACAAGAAACAUACUGACUAUACUAUUAAAUAGUCGUUUGUUUUAUUACUGAGUGCUUGCAGCUUGGUCAAGAUAUGUAUUAAAAAUGUUAAAUCGGAACAACUGAUAAAUGUUUUUAUGACGUAGUCAUCCAAAGAUGUUUUGUUCUAUCCCAGCAUUUGAUUUUGUUUUUGAUUGAAUCUCUAGUUCAAAGAACAAUGUUUAUGAAUAUGAUUAGAUCUUUUGUAAUAACCUUAUUGUACUCUCUAGUGUACAUGCUGACAGAAUGGCAGUAAAAUUUGAUCUGAACUGACA